CCUCAAUCAACUUAAUUUCUUUUGAAGACCAAAUUAAACCAUCAAACCAAUUUGUUAUAAUCAUGAUAGCAAGAAUCAUAUUUUGCACUGCAGUUUUACUAGCAAUACUUUCAGUAAUUCUCCUAGCAAUAUUCUCACCAAUACCCCAGGGAAACAAAUCAAAAAGUCCCCCUUGGGUUGAUUUAUCUCUUUAUAUUCAACAGCCUCGAGUAUCUGUUUCCAAUAUUUCUCCCGAAAAAACUCCAACAGACUUUAGCGCUUUAAUUUUCCAUCGCCUUCUUACAGAAGGCCCGGAAAACACGUCUCGUGUAGUUGGGAAAGUGCAAGGUUUCAUCAUCCCCAUUCAAGAUUUCGCGAAUUCAGCGUUUAAUAUUAUUUAUCUUACGUUUAGUUCAAAAGAAUUUAGUGGGAGUCUUAGUGUUGAGGCUAAAAGUUUGACAAAUGACAACAAGGGAGAGUUUAUGAAUGUUGUUGCUGGUACUGGCUAUUUUGCCUUUGCUCGUGGCCUAGCUAUUUUUUCACAAACAGAAAGAGAAGCUAUUAAUUCUGAUAAUUUGGAAGCUAAUUAUCAUAUAAAGCUUCAAUUGAAAUUCCCUAAUACAUCACAAACAAUUCCAAAAUGAAUUAUUAGCAAGGGCAGUCCGGUGCACUAAGCUCCCGCCGUGAGGUCACGGGAAGGGUCGGAUCACAUCGCCUAUAUUUCUAUAAGACGCCGUUUCCACGAUUUGAAGUGUUGACCUCCCGGUCACAUGACGUCAAGAUUUCCCUAGAUGAAUCAUAAGCAAUCUUUUAAUUUUUUUAAAUAUGGAAUAUACUAGGAUAAUUUUUGGGGAAAUAUAUUCUUCACGAGAGAAAGUCAAUCAUAUAAGAAGAAGUAUAAAAAAGGAGAAAGCAAUAACACAUGAAGGCAACUGUUUUUGUUUUGAAUGGAAAAUAUUGGUUUGAUUUGAUUCUAUCUAUUUAUUUUGAUCUGAUAAAGUCAAAGGAAUCUAUGCAUAAUAUAAUGGGGUUCUUUCAGAAAUAGUGACAGUUUGAUGUAAAACUCACCUUUCAUAGUCAUAUUUUACAUAAUUAUCAUUUAUAAUCGAUGUAUUCAGUUUACGCUCGUUGUA